AUGUCGGAGCAAAUCAGGUACAACCGUCAGAUCCCUUGCAGCCUCAAGGUGUGCCGCCGCCUCUUUGGCGUUGCGGAUCAACAGCAGGUGCGCCGCGACUGCGAUGCACUAAUGGCGAGCUACCUGCAAGAGGCCCGCAAACGUUGGAACUUCGACUUUGCCACCGAGACACCGCUGGAGGGCAACUACGUUUGGGAGCGUGUGCCGAGCCUUGGCCUGCCGAAGAUCUACAAGUCUACAGCGUGUUGGGCAACCCCUAUCAACCUGGGAGGGGGCAAGCCGCCUUCCGCUGGAGCCUCCUCAGCUGUUGCGAUUCCGGGGACGUCCCAGGGGGCCCAGGCGUCGGGGUCUGGCACCGGCAGGUCUGAGCCCCUUGAGGAACCCGAGGUGGCCCCAGCUGUUCCCCUACCUCGGGGCCGCAAACGCGGUCAGACCAGCAUGACCGAUUUCUACUACUCCAAACGCCGCCUGGUGUUCUCCAAGAAGAAGCCUUAA